AUGGAUGAAACUGAAGCUGUUUUACAAGCGUCAGAAGUUUGGAAUGAACAUCUUAAAGAAGAAGCAAGGGCUGAAAAUGUCGAAACUAAUGAAGCAAUUACACCAGAGCCAACACUGAUCACGGAUCAAGGAGGAGCACAGCAUCCGGAUCAUCACGUCUUGGGUGUAUGCUCAAGAUGCAAAAAAACUUUUAUCCAGUCCCUUGAUAAAUUCUUCAGAUUGUGUUCACAUUGCCGUGAAUUGCAGAGAGAAAGGUCAAAAAGAUGGCAAAUGCGCACGAAGGAAAAGGUAGGUGCUUGCAGAAGAUGUGGUGUCGAUAUUGAUGGCAACAACGAUCAAUUUGUUCUAUGUGCCUCGUGCCGUAUGAAUCUGCGAGCUAGGAAGUCCACUCGAGCGGUACAAGGUAAAUGUGUGCAUUGUUCAGGGCCAAACGAUUCGAGGUUUCAGUAUAAGGUUUGCUCCAGAUGUCGUCAAAAUGACAAGAUCAGAAGAUCGAAUUUAGAAAGGCAAGGUGCCUGCAAUAGAUGUGCGAAGCCGUUGGAAGGAGAAGACAAAGACCGCAAGGUGUGUUCCAAGUGCCGUACAAGAAAGAAGAGGGGUUCCGUAAAGACCCCUGGUUCAAAGAAAGAGGAUGACUCUCUACAAGCAGACGGCAGUUCGAGCCUGUCUCACGCAGCCAUCGUUGCUGCCGCUGCCGCUGUGAUGGCAAAUGAGCAGCCCAUUUCGCUAAAUAUUUCAGACAACAUCCAGCACUUUUUGCCUGGAGAGUCCAAAGAUGAUGCGCACAAUACAAACGAGUCUUGUGUCAAGUGCGGUGAGACCCUCACCAUUGAAGAUGUCAAUCUCAAUCCUGGUUCAAAUAUUUGUGCCAAGUGUUUGGAGAGUGAAAAUAAUUUGUUCAUGAAUCCAGAAGCCGAAGAUAUCACCUCCAAACGUUAA